CGAAUGCUACUGCUUAUUACACAAUCUCAUAUGUAUGCACAUGUAUUUGUAAGUGGCAUUAUUAAUCACGCGACAUCUUGUAAAAACCCCAAAUACAAAUUUUCUUCAGCCCUUAAUUUUAUUUCAUCUUCAUUUGUAAUCUUUGCAUCAAAAAACCCUAUUCAUAAUUUUGUUACAAUUUCUUUAUCUGCACUCAAUAGCUUAUAAACCCUAUUGUAACCCUAUUGUUCAUUUCUAAAUUAAGUUGCUACUUUGUUAACAAGAUUUCUUGAUAUAUAUUUGUAUUGGUUAUGAUGGAGAUUAAGGAAGAUGAUGAUAAAGCUGAGGGGAAGAAGUUGUGUGCAAGAAAUAAGCAUGGAGAUGGAGUAUCAUGGUACAGAGGUGCAUUGAUAGGUAAAGGAAACUUUGGUUGUGUUUAUUUAGCUAAUUUAAAGAAGCCCAGAUCGAAAUUUAGUUGUUUUCCUUGUGUUAUGGCUGUGAAAUGUGCUGAGGUUUCGAUUUCGGGGUCUAUUCAGAAGGAAAGGGAGAUUCUUGAUAAUAUUGGGAGGUGUGGUUAUGUGAUUAGGUGUUUUGGUGAGGAGAUUACUAAUGGUGAGAAUGGUGAGAUGGUUUAUAAUUUGUUGUUGGAGUAUGGUUCUGGGGGGACUUUGGUUGAUGUUAUAGAUAAGUUGGGAGGUGGGGGAUUGGUGGAAGCGGAUGUUAGGAGGUAUACGAGGGAUUUGGUACGAGGGAUUUAUUGGAUUCAUAGUAAGGGGUAUGUUCAUUGUGAUUUGAAGCCGGAUAAUGUGAUGAUGGUUGGGAAUUGUGGGACUGGUGAGUUUAGGGCAAAGAUUGGUGAUUUAGGGUUAGCGAAGAGGGGAAUGCGGAGUAAUAAGAAGAGGAAGUUGGAUCCUUAUUUUAGGGGGACUGCGAUGUAUUUAUCGCCUGAGGCAGUGGCUGAUGGGAUACAAGAGUGUCCUUGUGAUAUUUGGGCACUUGGUUGUAUUGUUAUUGAGAUGUUUACGGGGAAGCCUCCGUGGGAUGGUACGGAAGAUUUGGAUGCUAAUGAGCUUCUGGAUAGGAUUGGUGAAGGACGUGAGAGUCCGAAAAUUCCUGAUGAGAUUUCAGUUGAGGCUAAGAACUUUUUAAAGGGGUGUUUAGCAGUGAAGCCUAUGUAUCGUUUGACAGCUGAAAUGCUGUUGAAUCACCCGUUUUUGGAGGGUUUAGUUGAUGUUAUUGAGACUGAAGAAAUUGAAGAGUUUUCAGAUGUGAAUGCAGAUAGCUCGUUAGUAUUGUUGUCUGAAGCUGAGGCUGACGAUGAGCUCAAUCGUUUCUCAUGCUCUGAGGAUGAUAGCUUUGUGACAGAAGAAGAAUCCGUUUCUUAUUGGUGUGAAGAAGUGACUAAUGGUGGUCAGAUUGUUGCUUUUGAUGAAGAAGGUACAUUAAAAAUCCAAGAAAGUACACAUACUGCUAGCUCCAGAAAUGAUUCUGAAUAUGAUCAUGCAUUGAAUACGACAGUUCCAACAAGUACCGGACUGCAGUACCCAGUUGCAUUCACAAUUCCUACCGGUAUCUAGCAAUGUUUAGGUAAGACAUUGAAUCACUAUAGGCAAAUGUGAAUAAUGUAUCAUAGUGAUUAUUCACAUGACCACAGAAAGUAUACAAGCCACAACCAGACAUGGCAACUUUAUGAUAUCUUUGUUUCUAGAUAUGAUGGAGUAUUGAAAUUCAUCUAGUUAGAUUUUUGUUUAUUUUCGUAUGAUUGCUAUGCUUUAAUUAAGCAGAAUUAUGUCAUUAAAGGCAAUCUAGGACAGAUAUAUAAAUUCUUCAUCUUUCCUUUAUUGGGGCUUUUACAACAUACAUUAAAUGUUCUGCCUGUUUGACUA